UUAGCGCUUCCAUUUCAUCUCCUCCUCUCCCCCCCCAGCCCCACCUCCUCGAUCGGCAUUUCUGCAUCCUUUGUGAGCAUCCAGAGCAGCAGGUGAAAGUCGGGCUGGCACCUGCACACACCCACUGCCACCGCUCCCUGUGGGCUGGACGCUGCUGUGCCGCGGCAGGGAUCCCUUCCACUCCGCAUCUUCCUCCUCCCGGGCGGGCUCGGCCGGGAGCAUCCCGGUCCUCCUCGCCCGAGGCUGCUCCGCCGCUCCCGACGCUCCGGCUGCAGCAGCGGAGGAGCUCCGGGACCCCGGGCACAGAGCUCUGCAGGGAGCCCAGCCCAGCCGGGGGACGGCAGCUGAGCCUCGGGGGGCCGGAGCAUCCCCAGCAUCUGGAGCAUCCUGGAGUCCAGAGCAUCCCCAGCUGCUUUCCCAGCAGCCCUGGCACCUGGGACAUCCUGGGAUGCAGAGCAUCCCCAGCAGCUGAAGUGCAGAGCAUCCAGAGCAUCUCGGUGCUGUAUUGUUCCUUGGUCCGGUGCACCCAGAGCAUCAGGGUAUCCAGAGCAUCCUGCCAUCCCUGGCACCUUGGGAACUCUGCCUUCCAGCUCGUCCCCAGCGUCCAGAAGCAGCAUCCAGGGACAUCCCAGAGCAGGGGGAUUCACAGGAGCUGCUGUGAGUAAUGGGGAGGGAACCUUGGUGCUGCUGAUCGGCUCCUGGGAAUGUCACCCUGCCCUGAGUGCCAGUGAGGAGAGACAGUGGGGGAAGAGAGGGAGAGGAGGAGGAGAGGAGGAGGGAGGACAGACACAGAGCAGAGAGAUGAUCCUCCUUCCCCAGCCCCGGUGAUGAUCACAUAGUACGGGCCACGCUGGAGAAGGUGCCCAGCCCAGAGCCAGCCCUGCCCCCGGCUCCUCAUGGAGGGGGACCUGGGGGCCCCCAAUGCCAGCGUGCUGGGGGAGCACUCCCUGCUCGUGGGCAGCAGCUGGGUGGCCGCCUUCCUCUGCUUCAUCAUCCUGCUGACCACGGCGGGCAACUUCCUCCUCAUCCUCCUCAUCGUCAGCCAGCGCUCUCUCCGCAACACCUCCAACUACUUCCUGGUGUCCCUGUUCAUGUCGGACCUGAUGGUGGGGCUGGUGGUGAUGCCCCCGGCCAUGCUCAACCAGCUCUACGGCCGCUGGGUGCUGCGGGGGGACUUCUGCUCCCUCUGGGCCUCCUUCGACGUCAUGUGCUGCAGCGCCUCCAUCCUCAACCUGUGCCUCAUCAGCCUGGACAGGUACCUGCUCAUCACGUCCCCGCUGCGCUACAAGCUGCGCAUGACGUCCUGCCGGGCGCUGGCGCUCGUCCUGGCCGCCUGGGCCUUGGCCGCGCUGGCCUCCUUCCUGCCCAUCAAGAUGGGCUGGCACGAGCUGGAGUUCCAGGUGCAGCCCCUGAACGUCACGGGGGGCCGGGGGGACGAGGAGCAGUGCCGGCUGCUGGUCAGCCUGCCCUACGCCCUGGUGGCCUCCUGCCUCACCUUCUUCCUGCCCUCCGCCGCCAUCUCCUUCACCUACUGCCGCAUCCUGCUGGCGGCGCGCAAGCAGGCCGUGCAGGUGGCCUCCCUGGCCUCCAACGUGGCCACGGCCGACGAGGCCACGCCACAGGUCCCACGCGCCCCGAGCCAGCCCCUGGCUGGCAGUGAGAGCAGGAGGUUCACCAACAAGCACAGCAAGAAGGCUCUGAAGGCCAGCCUGACCCUGGGCAUCCUCCUGGGCAUGUUCUUCGUGGCUUGGCUGCCCUUCUUUGUCACCAACGUAGCUCAGGCAGUUUGUGACUGUGUCCCGGCCGGAUUCUUCGACGUGCUCACCUGGCUGGGCUACUGCAACAGCACCAUGAACCCCAUCAUCUACCCGCUCUUCAUGAGGGACUUCAAGAGGGCCAUGGGCAAAUUCCUGCCCUGCUGCCGGCGCCCGGCGGAGCCGCGGCCCAGCGCCAUCUCCCUGUCCAUGAGGAACUCCAACAGCGCGGCCCGCGCCGCCACCUCCCUCAAGAACGUGCUCACCCUGCAGGCGGAGACCGACUCCAUGGACUCCGGGGCUCCGGGCAGCGAGCCCAGGCUGCCCCCGGCGCCGCGGGGCCCCGGCGCCCGCUCCGUCAGCCUCUGGGACACGGAGCCCCCGGGCACGGAGCUCAGCACCCCCGUGGCCUGAGCGGGCACACGCGGCUCUGUGUGACAGGAGGGAUCCCCGGGCCCAGCACAAACCCUGAGGGAGCUGAUUUGCCACAAGCCAUCUCCGCAGAUCCCUGGUCCGGCACACGGUGCAGCUCAUGGAGGGGAUGGUGGCCCCGGCACUGCCACAGGGAGGAUCAAACCCUGCAAAGCCAGGCGUGGCUGCUGAAUUAACCUGCUUUGUCUCUCUCUCUUUCAUCCCUCCUGUGCUCACCAUCACCAUCCUCUAACCCUUCCUGUGGCCUUUCCGUCUCUGGUGAGUCUGAACCUCGGAUUCCAGACUCUGUGUCUCCCUAACCUCAAGCCAAGGCUUGGCUGUGCACACACAGAGUUCAGCAGAUCUCCUCCAAGUGCACUGGGGGGAGUGGUGGAAAAACACCCUGUGGCUCAUGGGCAAGAGGUCUGGAGCUGCUUCAGCAGGAACACUGAGGUUUGGGGCUGCUUCAGCCCAUGAACAUCACAUCUCCCUGGAGCUGGGGCUGGAUCUCCUCCCUGGAGCUGGGGCUGGAUCUCCUCCCUGGAGCUGGGGCUGGAUCUCCUGCCUGGAGCUGGGGCUGGAUCUCUUCCCUGGA